AUGAGCGGAAAGGGCAAAGGGAGGGUAAACGUGAACCCUGAGGAUGGCACCAUUCAAAUGGAGGAAGAGGAGGAGGAGGAGGUAUCAGGGUUUGAACAUGACCAGCGGGGGGGAGGUGGAGCCAGUCCGCUCCCGAGAGAACAAGGCGCCGCUGCCGGGCCUGCAGCAGCGCCUAUUGCAAAGACCAGCCACCCCGGCGAGGGGAAAGGAAAACAGGACGAUGGCGAAGGAGAUGCGGCCGGAAAGGAGGGUGAAGGUUGCGGCAGUGGGGAGGGUUCGCCGGGUGGAGAUGGGCAUAAGAAAGAAGAAGGGCACGAGGAGGCUGGCGCCGGGGCGCUGGGGUCAGGAUCCAACAGGGAGAAUGCCUCGGAGACGACGAAAAGGGCACUGGGUGAAGAGCACCAGCCUGCGGUUAAAAGGCAGAAGAAGACGCAGAAGAAGCUGAACACGUGCUUGAUCUGCCGCGAAGAGGACGACGGCCUUUCGAGGCGGUUGUUCAUGACGGAUUGCUGCCACCUGAUCGCACACGAGCAGUGCUUCCAAGAGUGGAAGACACACAGUUCAAGGUGCUUCGCGUGCCCGAGGAAGACUCAGACCCGCCGCAAGGAUAACAGAUACCUCAGGAACACAGUGAUCUCCAACGACGUCGAUGUGGAAGAGGACACUGCAGAAGAACGCAUCGUCAGCGAUAACUUUGGAGAAGAGUGGUACAUGCGUGCGAAAAAUGAGUUCGCACAAAAUCGGGAGAAGGAGCGAGCCGAGGAAGAGCGCCAAAGCCUCGCAUGUGUCUUGGAUGUUCUCGCAAUGGAGGCGAAAACAAACAACGGAGAAGCACGAGCCAGUGGAGGAACCCAGGAUGAAGGGGGAGGGGGAGCGUCAGCGGGUGGCCCUUUGUUGUCCGCUUUCACAAAGGCGCAGAUCGCUCAGCAGGCGGCACUGCUGGCCCCGUGCGACGAUGAGAGGAUUGCCCGUGAGCUUGAGGAGGCUGACCGGGCUCAGGCUGAAGAAUUUUCCCAGCAAGCGAAGAAGGAUGAGGACCUGGCGCGAGAGCUGCAGCGUCUAGACGAAGCCGAGGCUGAGGAGAAGGCUGCCGCGGACGCGAUAGCUCGCACUAGGCGGCCCCGGGCAAAGAGCAAGGGAUCCGGAGGGCGGAGCGGCCAUGAUGCCAGAGGCGGCGGCGAGGGCGGCGGCAGCGAUGCAGGCAAGGGGAGCGGUGGUGGUGCAAAGAAUCGGGGGCGGUUGCCGACGGGAGGUUGCCGGCGAAGCGGUUCUGCUUCCUUGCCACCGGCGCUUGCAGCCGACGGUUUCGGCGGCGCGGAAAUGGAGGGGGUGGAGGGCACGUGCACGGGGGGCGGCGGCAGUCGACCGAGUGGGAGCGGGGGCAGCGGGGCUAGCAAGGCUGCCUCAUCUUCAUCGUCGGAAACGAAGGAUACACAGAUGAAGAGGAUGAAGACGCAGCAGGAGGAGAAGAACAAGAAGACCGAGAAGAGUGAGACAGGGGACGUCGACGGCGGUGCUCGGCGUUACCUGGACUCUACAGGUCUGACGUCAGAUGAGGAAAGCAUCGGCGACGAUGAAACCAACGACGCAGAUUAUGUAGACGCUGAGGAGAAGAGAGAGGUUAGGAGGAAGAGGGUGAGGUCCACGCCUCCCAAGCAUGGACCUAGAGCAUCAAGCGCAAGCCCUUCCACUAGCACAAGCAGCCCUUCUGCUCGCGCUCGUACGAGCAACCCGACCGUUCGCCCGGCCAGCAGCCCUGGUGAUGGCGGCGUUGGCGGCGUCGAUGUUCGGCAGGGGAGAGGUGGAGGAGCGUCCGGUUCUACAACGGAGAACGACGGCUGCCGGGGUGAUGACGAUAGCGUCCUAGGCGGUACUGCCAGAGGGGCCGAGAGAAGGAGCGGGGGCGGUGCCAACGGCGGAGGCGGUGGACCACUUGUCAACGGCAACGGCAAUGUCAGUACCGCUUCAAGCAUCGGCGGGUUCACACCUACUGUUGCUGUCUCCGACUCUGCCGUCUCAUCUGCAGCCGGACGCGUAGCUUCUGUCAGUUCCAGCAGUGCACGGGUUGCGGCGAAGUCGAGUCACUUAGAUCUCGGAAUUGAUCCAGACCAAAAGGUGGAAAAGGAAGAAGAUUCGCGGGACCCCGGCAGGAGCGAGGUCAUUAGGGCUGGAAGCGGAGGCGGACAGAGUGGCAAAAGAAAGGGGGCCGGAGGCAGUCCAGAGGGAGGGGUGAACGAUACGAACGGUUGUGAGUUCAGCAAUGCGAACGGCAGCAGUCAGCGAUCGCAGACCCCUGAUUCUGGGUCUCGAUUGAAACAGACCAAAAACACGAAACCGCGGCAAAGCAAUGGCGGCGGGAGUGCCAACGGGGGCAAAGGUGGCAGCGGGAGUGUCAAGGGGGGCAAAGGGAGUGCCAACGGGGGAAAAGGUGGCAGCGGGAGUGUCAACGGGGGCAAAGGUGGCAGCGGUAGCGCGAGUCGCAGGAACGAAGAGACCGGUACCAAGCGACGACCGGAUGCGCCUGGAUUUGCUUCAAACGCAAUCAAGACCAAGACUACUCCGAAGCCGGGCAAGACCGGUAAGGGCGGUGGGUCUGGUGCCAUUGGCGGUGGUAGCCAUCACGCCGUUAGCGGCGGUGUGAGCGAGUGCAUUGUCAGCGGGAGCGUCCGGAAGCCGCUGGUGACGCCCGGAAUUCCUCCAAGCUCGGACAAUACCAAGAUUACUACUACGAAGCGGUGCAAGACGGGCAAGGGCGGUGAGGCCGGUACCGUUGGCGGCGGCAGCAGCAGCAGGCCGUCGAUGUCACCUGGAUUUGCCUCAAGCGCAGAUAACCCUGAUACCACUCUGAAGCAGGGCAAGAGCGUCAAGGACGGUGAGGGCGGUACCCUUCGAGGUGGCAGCCAUGCCGGGGGCAAGGGUGGCAGCCACAGCGGGAGAAACAGGGACGAAGAGACGGGUGCCAAGCGGCCGCCAGAGACGCGCAGCGAUGACACCGGUAGCGGUGGUAGCGGCGAGCGCGCCAACCGGGUCGUCGUCCACAAGCAGCGUCCAUCAAACACGGACGAGGCCAAGAUUAUCACGAAGCAAGACGGCGGCGGUGGUGGAAACGGCAGUGGCGGCGAUACCGAGGAUGAAUUUAGCCUAUUGGCGAACAACCGAGGAGUAGCAGGAGGAGGAGUAGAGCAAGCCAGCGGGCCGGGUGGUGGAAGCAAGAAGAACGGCGAUAGGGAAAUCGAUGAGCCGCCGAACACGGAGGAUUCAGACGUGAUUCGUGACGAUGACCCGGAGGACGACAUCUGCGUGUUGAACAUUUCCGUUGACGGACGUGCGGAGAGCAUCCUUUCCCCCAACAGAGCGGCAACGCCCCAGGUAGGGCCAGAGGUAGCAGCGGGUGUGGCGUUCAAGCCGAUGGCGUCAGAAUCGACGUUGGUCCGGGCGUCGAAGGCAGCCACCACGGCAGCGGUGAAAACGGCGUCUCGCCGCCGGCACGUGAUGGGGGGAAAGCAGCCCAAGAAAACAAAGGAACAAGGUGGGGGCGCUGACGGCGCUGGAGGCCGUGGUCUGCGCGCUUCCGCUGCUGCUGCUCGUGGUGGUGGUGGUGGUGGUGGUUGUGGGGGUGGGGGUGGGGGUGCUGCUGCUGGUGGUGCUUCUGGUGCUGGUGCUGCUGCUACAGGGGAGUCUCCUGGUGCGAGGGUGAAGCGUGGAGGACGUGGUGAACUGUCUUGUUCCGACUCUGAUGGCGCCGCGGAUGGAAGGCGCCAAGGUGACCAGGGAAACUCCUCCAUUGCACGGGCGCUCCCGGCAGACGUGGAGGUUUUCGAUUUGACGAUUGGCGAUGACUGAGCGUGGCGAUGAUUAGACUGGGCGUGGCUGCCGUUGCUGCCUUGUCUCUCGAUCAACAUUCCGGCGGGGGCACGGGCAUAGCGAACAGAGGUUUCACACCCCGUGACGGAUUAUUGUCGGCUUUGUAGCGACGUUGUUGACUUGACAUUCGCCUGCGGUAGGGCCAGUGCUCAGGUCGAAGUUUAGCCGGCCACGCAUGGGCCGCGCACGCUGAAGCCUCGGGUAGCGACGUCUUUGUCAGAGCUGGAAACUGGAAAGAACGGGGGUCGUACGGCCGAGGGAGAUCGGAGGAAAACAAUGCCGUCGUGCUUUCGGUUGGUUGUUGAGGAUGGGAACACAGGAGCAAGCAAGAGCUGGGAGCUCUGCUGUUGGGGUGGCGUGUGUGUGUGAAAAGUUGUUGCUAUUUUGUUUUCUAAUUUAUGGUGUUGGCGGGAGGAGGGCGGAGGGGCUUUCAGCACCGUGGGUAUCGUGUGUGUGUGUUUGUGUGAGUGGUGUGUGCCCAUUUUUUGUAUCGUCCUGCAGCAGGCUGUGAGUGCAUACUGGGUGCCUCCCAUCAAUGAAACCGGCAAUGGGUGUGUCAUGUCGAUGGCCAACGCUCUCUUGUGAGUUUGUGUUGCGGUCGUCACGCAUGUGGUCUUGAGAGCGGAUGCUGGGUGGUGCUGUCUAGCUGUGCCGGUUUUGAUCUCGAGACAGGUGAUCUGGAGACAGGUGAUCUGGAGACAGGUGUGGUUGUCGUGCCGGUUGUGGUUCUGUUGUUCGAUCCCACUCGUUAUUUUGUGUACUUUCCUGCGAAUCACAUAGACCAAGCGUCGACGAAAGUCAGAUGCUGCAAUAGAACAAAGAGCACCAGUCCCUCCCUACCAGCAGCGUGAUCUUUGCAGCGCACCAAACCCCGAGAUUGCCACGGCCGGUUCUGUUGUAGUGAUGGAGCAGGCAGACUGCUACGGAAGGUAGAUGUUGCAUUUUAGCUACCAUUUAGUAACUUUGCUUGCCGCCACGGACGUUGUGCUCAAGGCGUUGCGGUCGUUGGCGCAUCGGCGACUUGCUUCUUGCCGCCCUCUGCGGCGACGUUUGCCUCGUUGGCGUUGGUUCAGGUGUUUGUGAACGCAAUCGGUUCUGUCAUGUGGUGUCUGUUUGCCGCUCCAUACAAGCAUGGCGUUGUUUUGAACGAUAGUGUACGAUUGUUGUUGUUGAUGUCUUUGUCUUGACUUGUGUGUGCGUAUUUAACAUAAUGUUGUACGAUGUGUGCUUGUGUGUUCGUUGUCAUAUCAUCGCGUGAUUCAAUUUUCAUGUCAUUUUUUGCGCACUUUAUUUUUUCUGCGCAAUGUAUGACGCUGUAUUUGUAUUCUCGUUGGAAUGUAGACUGUGCCACAUUUGAAUCCUUUUUGGAGGUGAGUGCGAGGCGGCGGAGUGCUCUUCAGUGUUUUUUGUUCGUAUAGGUCGCCCACGAAAAAGUUGGAAGACGUCAAGCACACGUGAUUCUGAGAGGAUGGUACUAAUGUAUAAAGAGGAACGGGGGUUGUUUGGGUUUGGACGGACACGGUGUUGUCAUCGUCUCGGCAACGAGCAAGACUUUGCACCCUUUGCCCAGUGUUCUCCAAACGGCUCGGUGACACGGACGUGAGGCCAUAUGGGUGUAUGUGCGUGUAGAACGGUUGACGUUGGUGGCGGAGCAGGGAUAUGGGUAUCGGUAGUUGGCAGAGUUCCUGUGGAAGACAAACCAGCGGCGAAAAGCUGCACCGGAAGCAAGGGCCAGGUGUCUUGGCGAAUGUUGAAACACAAACAAGCACGAUUCUACGG